UAGAACGAAUUUCGCUACUAUCACUGGGGAUCCUCCGCUCUAGAAUCCUAACCCUAAACGAGUAUCUAAAGCACUACAUAUAAAAGCUGCAGUGCUUCCUUUCUUCUAAACGUUUGGGCUGCAAUCCUAGCACCGAGGAGGCUAGGAAGCAACGAUGGUGUCGCUGAAGCUUCAGAAGCGUCUCGCUGCCAGCGUACUCAAGUGUGGCCGUGGCAAGGUUUGGCUUGACCCCAAUGAAGGCAAUGAAAUCUCCAUGGCCAACUCCCGGCAAAACAUUAGGAAACUGGUCAAAGAUGGUUUCAUUAUCAGGAAACCAACUAAGAUCCACUCUAGGUCUCGUGCACGUAGAAUGAAGGAGGCAAAAAGAAAGGGGCGCCACUCUGGUUAUGGUAAGCGCAAAGGUACCAGGGAGGCAAGAUUGCCAACAAAAAUCCUCUGGAUGAGGAGAAUGCGUGUGCUAAGGCGCUUGCUCCGAAAGUACAGAGAAUCAAAGAAAAUUGAUAAGCACAUGUACCAUGAUAUGUACAUGAAAGUUAAAGGAAAUGUCUUUAAGAACAAGAGGGUGCUUAUGGAGAGUAUCCACAAAUCAAAGGCAGAAAAGGCAAGAGAGAAGACAUUGUCUGACCAGUUUGAGGCCAAGCGUGCUAAAAACAAGGCAAGCAGAGAAAGGAAGUUUGCUCGGAGGGAGGAGCGCUUGAAUCAGGGACCCGGUGAGAGGUCUGCCGCUGCUGCAGUUCCACCUGCAACUAAACCAGCCGAUGCUGGCAAGAAGUCCAAGAAGUGAAUGAUUAGACAUCUCUUGGCAAGGUGAUGUUGAGACAUUGUUCCGCCAGACAUCAUAUUUACUGUUUUUUGGUCAAUUUUGUUGUUAAAACACUGGUUGAAUGUUUCUGUUAUUGUAAUACAUACUUUGUGUCACCUAAUGUGCUUCAUUA